AUGGCGGUAGAAGGAAGGAAAAGAAGAAAGAAACGAAAGGAUUCGACUUGUAGUAUCAAACCACCCUUAGAUUUUAUUGAAAGUCCUCUAGAUGGACAAAAGUAUUAUUGCACUCCUGUUCAAGCUGCAAGGAGACCAUUUCUGGCGGCGUCUAUGCCCGUAGAUGACCAAGUAUCAAUGAAAUGGGUAUCCCCUCAAUUCCCUGAUAGAAUUGAAAAUGAAGAGGAACUUUUAGCUCUAUUAAAACCAAACAAAAAGUCUCGAGGAAGGAAGAAAGGAAAAGAAAAUCCCCAGGCAACUGAGCAACUGGCAUCAAAUGGACAUCUGUUGGGUGAAUUGGAUUUUGGAUGUAAGAAUGUGAGAAACAUGGAUACAAAUGAGAAAAGCAAGUUUCCUUGUAGAAGAUCUCAAAGACUUAGGAAACUUAAAAAAACUCAUUGCUUGUUUCAAGAACCACAAGUUAUGACUCCUGUAAAUAGGCAAGGAGUUGUUAUUCUUGCAUAUGAAACACCAGAUCAAGAACUUUUAACAGCAGUUGAAAGGAAACACUCGUCAACAAAAAGAGGAAGAUGAUGAGAAGCCUACCAUUAUUAUAAACAUUUUUCUUCAAUGAAUAAUACUCAGAAAUUGAUUUGAAUUAAGGCUGAAAAUACUAGCAAGUUUUCUCCUAAUGCUCAAGUAUUGUUCUUUUCUCAUGUGAAUGGGAUUUAGCUAAUGAAAGACAUACUGUAUAAAGAAUGAUAUUGACCCUUUACACAUCAGUAUGCAUAUUCUCCAUACUGUUCUCUGUACCUUUCUUACUUGUACUGUGUCAAUAAGGAAGAGCUUGUUUAACAAUCAAGAACUUUUUUAGUUGCUGAUCAUUUCCUCUAUUCUUGUUACCUUAAUUGUGGUUCAGGGGUGAUAUUGUGAGGAGAAAUUAGAUGCUCAUCACUCCUAGCGGUCAAUGGGUUAAUAAUAUCAAUGAAUGUUACGAGUAAUAACCAAAAAACAACACCCAAUUGCAAUGUCAUAAUACCCUUAGAAAUCUUUAAUCUUUGAAAGAUGCCGAUCAGAUGUGAACUAUGAGAAAGUUACUCUUUUAAAGUGCUCAUUACCAACAACCUGACAAUGUUGUGGUAGAUUUCUGAAGUGAUAAAGCAUAUAUUCUAAUUCUAGUUGUAAAUUUGAUUACUUAAGUCAUGCCUCCUUCUAAUUACCCAAAGGCUUGAAAAGCAAAGAUAAUAUUUUGUCAAGGACAAAGAGUUAUACAACAAAUGGUAGUGCAGGUACUGGUUUCAAUUGUUUUUUUUUGCAGUUAUAUUCUGGUGAAUGGCAUAUUUUGGUGCUAAGAUGGCUUAGUUUGAACCUCACGGUACAGAUGUCUUUUAUCAGCUAAAAUCCUUCCUUCUCUUUAGUUGGCUGUCUGUAUGGUAAAUUGUGGGUAAAAUCACCAGUCUCCCAUAGGUUCAAAGAGAAUCAUGUUGAAAGACCAAAAAUCCUUUCAUAUCAAUCAAAUCGACUCCUACUUGGUUAAAAUACUUAAACAUCCACAAACCUCUCAGCACACUCUAGUCAAACUGAUAUUAAUGCAAAGUCACAAUUUUAAUAAAUUAAAUUUU